CUCUCCCUCUCUCUCUUUCUUUUCUUUCUUUAUUUUUAUUUUUUUUUUAUUUUUUUUUAAUCGAUAAUAUAUUAUGGUGGCAGCAACAACAACCAGCAACCAAACUCAUUCACAACGUAUACAACAUGCAUCUGCUUUGAAGGACGCGAAAAAUACGGAACAAGCCAUUCAUGCUUACAAAGCCAUUCUUAGUGAACGUUCCAGUGAUGAACAAGUUCUUCGUGAACAAGAAGUUAGUCUAUUACAUCUAGGUGAAAUCUAUCGUGAACUUCAAUUACCUCAAGAACUUGCUGAUCUUAUUCGGUCUUCUCGCGAUUUCAUGUCAUCUAUUGCCAAAGCUAAAACUGCCAAACUCAUUCGUAGUCUUGUUGACAUGUUCAAUGAAAUACCUGAUUGUCUACCUCUCCAAAUACAAGUAUGCAAGGAAAACAUUGACUGGGCAAAUGAAGAUAAACGUAUCUUUCUGAAGCAAUCCUUGGAAACUCGUUUGGUGGCACUUUAUUUGGAAAAUAAAAUGUAUCACGAAUCUCUUAGUCUCAUUUCACAAUUACUCAAGGAACUGAAACGAUUAGAUGACAAGAUGGUAUUGGUUGAAGUACAAUUAUUGGAAAGUCGUGUUUGUCAUGCUUUAAGGAAUUUACCUAAAGCUAGAGCUGCCUUGACUUCUGCUCGUACAUCUGCAAAUGCUAUUUAUUGUCCUCCUUUACUUCAAGCUUCUUUGGAUAUGCAAUCUGGCAUUCUUCACUCUGAAGAAAAAGAUUACAAGACUGCGUACUCAUACUUUUUUGAAACAUUUGAAGGAUAUUCUAGUCAAGAUGAUCCCAAGGCUGUCCUUGCUUUGAAAUAUAUGCUUUUAUGUAAAAUCAUGCUCAACCUGGCUGAGGAUGUCCAUUCUAUCAUCAACGGUAAAGUGGCUUUACGUUAUGCAGGACUUGAUAUUGAAGCAAUGAAAGCAGUGGCUACAGCACAUCAAAAUCGAAAUCUUCAAGAAUUUGAAACAGCACUUGCAACAUAUACUACAGAAUUGAACAAUGAUCCAAUCAUCCGUACUCAAUUGGCUGCACUAUACGACACUUUAUUGGAACAAAAUCUUGUACGUAUCAUUGAACCAUUCUCUCGUGUAGAAAUCUCUCAUAUUGCUGAUAUGGUGAAACUUCCUUCUCCUCAAGUGGAACAAAAACUAUCACAAAUGAUCUUGGACAAAGCUUUUCAUGGUAUUCUGGAUCAAGGUGCUGGUUGUUUAAUUAUAUUUGAUGAACCUGAAGAAGAUAAAACUUAUGAGACAGCCAUUGAAACUCUCAAACAAGUGGACAAGGUGGUUUCUAGUCUGUACCAAAAAGCGGCCAAUUUGUCAUAAACUGAAUGAUUUACUAGCAUCAGUGGUUGUAGGAUAGUUCCUUUAUAUAUAUACUUUACCACCCAAUAAACUAUUUUUUUUCUUUCUA